AUGACUGAGAAAGCCAAAGACAGGGAUGUGUGUGGACUUCAAAGUUCUGUACGCUGCACAGGAGUAUUCCUCCAUAUCCUUAACUGUUUUCUUUUGUUGCUGCUCCAGAAAGAGGUACAUGGCUGUCCAUCCGUCUGCCAGCUCUGCACUGGGAAACAAGUUAACUGUCGUAACUUAGGUCUUUCAAGCAUUCCAAAGAACUUUCCAAAAAGUACAGUACUUGUAUACCUCAGUGGGAAUAAUAUAUCGCAUGUAAUUCCAAAUGUAUUAACAGGCCUUCAGAAGCUUGCUGUGCUCUAUUUGGAUAAUUCCAGCAUUUCAUAUGUGCAUCCAAAGGCUUUUGUUGAACUUAGUAAACUGUGCUACUUACAUCUAAAUAAUAAUCACAUAAAACGUUUGGAUCCAGGAAUAUUUGAAGGGCUUUCAGAUCUUCAUUGUUUAUACCUUCAGAAUAAUCAAAUAUCUUUUGUUCCUAGAGGAUUAUUUAGUGGUCUCAUUUCAGUUCGAUACUUAACGCUUGAAAGAAAUCGCCUCAGUAUCCUUGGAAGUGGCACUUUCUUGGGAAUGAUUAGUCUUCAAACGCUUAAUCUAGCCAACAAUAAGAUUUCACGGAUAUCAGAUACAGCAUUUCAUCAUCUUGGAAACCUUGUGUAUUUGUACCUUGAAGGUAAUAAUUUAACACAUGUGCCAUCAAAGGCCAUUGGAAUACUUAAAAAUCUAGAAAGACUUUCCUUGUCUCACAACCCUGUUGGGUCAAUACAUCCUUUUGCAUUUAAAGGACUUGACAGGCUUGAAUAUCUAUCUUUAAAAAGUGCAAAAAUAAAAAGCAUUAUCAUGAAUGGAUUUGCUGGAUUAAAUAACCUUAAAAAGUUAAUUUUAAGCCAUAAUGAUUUAGAACAUGUAAAUUCCAACACUUUUACUUCGUUGCAUAAUUUAAUGUACCUGCAACUAGACAAGAAUAAAAUAGUUAGCAUUGGUGAUAAUGCAUUUGAAAAAAUGGGAUCUUUUUUAAAGAUUCUAAAUCUAGCAUCUAACAACCUUACCGAUUUGCAGCCUAAAGUGCUCAAGCCUUUGGUUUCAUUAACUCAUCUACAGGCAAAUAACAACCCUUGGAACUGUAGCUGUACACUGCUUGGGCUACGUAAUUGGCUAGCAUUAUCUUCAAUCUCUGUUAAAAUCCAUUGUCAAGAUCCCCCAAGUAUGCGCGGUAGACCUUUGCAUUAUGUUAAAUGGACCGAAUUCACAAACUGUGCUAUCACUACCACUAAUCCAGAAACAGCCUGGAGUGUAGCAUCUGUAGGUAUCCAUCAUAGCACCGCCACUUUAGUGAUGGCAUGGCGUAUGGUAACCACAUAUGAUACACUUGUACAUUUGGAAAAUGCUGGAACUAAACGUGUUACUUUCUGGGGAAGAGCUCCAACCACAUCUGCCAGUCGAUUUCUUUAUGAAGAAUAUGCUGCUGGGAAUCCAUCAGAAGCAACAACAGUGUUAUCAGUAUUACCAGUGCAAACAGCUGCACAGAUUGUGCCAGUUAACUUGACCAUGGAACAGAAAAGUGAAUUUCCUCCAGAUGCUGCAUCUGUAUCCUUAAAAACAUCUCUAAUCUGUACACAGCAGGUGGAGAAACUGAAUCAGGCAUUUGACAUUUUAUUAGCCUUUUUCAUUUUAGCAUGUGCUGUGAUCCUUUUUCUAAUCUAUAAAAUUGUCCAGUUUAGACAGAAGCUGAAGAUGCUGGGAGACUCGGGGGAAAAGGGAAUAGAGUACUACAGUUCUUACCAGGCUGGUAGAUACAAUGUAACUGACCCAGUUCAGUCCCUACCUCAAAAUCCAAUGAGAAGUUCAGAAUUGGACCAAAUUAAGUUUAUCAAACGAACAAUGCCUGAAAGUCAGGCACAGGUCAUCUUGUUUGAACAUUCAGCAUUGUAA